AUGGAGAUGAUGUUAGGAAGACGAAUGGAUGGCCUCCACAGUGAUGUAUUUGAAGGGACCCUGAGGCCUGCCAGCACAGUGGAGUCAUCAGAGAUAUUGCAGGCACCACAUGGCACACCAGGCAAGGAGAUUGCUUUCUUCAGGGUGGAGGCAGUGGGGGAAGACACAGCCCUGGAGAAGGAAGAACUGGCAUGGAUCAGGCAGGAGUUCCAGCUGCUGGUGGAAGACAUCAUCAUGAAGGAGGUGGAGGUGGUGGUGGAUGUUGUGGAGGAGCAGGUGGCUUUGCAGGAAUGGGAGGAGAAGCCAGAGGAGGAGAGCCAGGAAGAUGCAAGUCCAGAAGCCCAGACUGUUAAGGAGGAGGACAAGGAGCAGGAUCAAGAGGCUCUGGAGCAGACCACUGGGAGUCUUCAAAAUGACUUAGGGGACUGGGAAGUCAAAAGUCUCAAGAGUAGCUAUGGAGCAGCCAAUUCCAGAUACACUUCAGUAAAAGAUGAAGACCUGUCAAUGAGUUCCAAAAGAAAUGCCAAGGUGCAGGUGCGGAGCCAUCCACGGUCCCGCUGCAAGCUGAUCUUCUCCUUUUGGGACAACCCAUACUUCUGGAACACGGUGAUUGUUAAGGAAUAUUAUUACCUUGACAUCACUGGGUAUAGGGCACGUCAUUCCACACCAGUCCACUGGUUCUGGGACUUUGAACGGGGAGCACCCAGCCGCAGGCUGGACACCAGGAACCUGAACUUUCUCAAUUGGCUGUCAGGCCACAACUGCCCAGAAUCGAACAGGACUGCUGAGAUCAUUGGCCAGGAUGUGUGGGACGAUCCCCUGAAGUACCACCCCAGGGAGGAAAUUUGUGCAAUGAGAGGUAGCUGA